CGACGCCCAGUCCGACGCUCAGCCCGACGUAUCCUCCGGCCGGAGGCAUGGCUGCCACAGGCGAUCCCCACCUGCAAAAUGUUCUUGGUCAGCGGUUCGAUUUGAUGAAGCCGGGCAAGUACGUUCUGAUAAACAUCCCUCGUGGAAGGCACAAAAACGCAUUGCUUCGCGUGCAGGCCGACGCGCGUCAAAUGGGAGGACAUUGCGCAGACAUGUAUUUCCAAGAACUGAAUAUUACAGGGGAGUGGGUGGAAGCUACAGUGUCUGGCGGUCUCCGUUUCCAAGCUUGGAGUGUGCAGCACGAGCAGCCAAAUUGGUUGAAGUUUGGGAAGGUGCAGGUGAAAGUUGCCCAUGGGCGCACUCAGAACGGUGACCAGUAUCUGAACUUCUAUGUAAAACAUAUUGGACAUUCUGGAUUCACUGUCGGAGGAUUACUAGGAGAAGACGACCACACGGAGGCAGCGAUACCCUCGGAGGCUUGCAUGCACCACCUUACCCUGCUUAAGGCGUUAUCCAAUCAGUCUCGGAGCGCACCCGUUUUCUCGGUUGCCGAAGCGAGCUACGCUUAAUGACGCGCGCGCGUGGCGUGAAGCUGUGGUGAACUUUUGCAGAGUGCAAGACGCUCUGAGACAAUAACCGCUGAGAUAAUAACCGCUCUGGGUUCGCAAGGUGCUCCUCGCUGCUCCCUAGGCCCACCCAUGGCUGUUCCUCUGGCUCUCCUCGUGCACCCGGGCGCUCUCGGCGCCGCAAAGAGGACCCCGUUCCAUGCUCAGCGCUCCUCAUGGCAGCAGCUUGACUGCAC